UUGCAUUUUCCCUCAAUCUCAUGUGUUAAUUCCAUUGCUGAUGUUAGAAGAUUUAUCUUCACUGAUUAAAGUUUUUUUUUUUUUUUUGAAUUUAGCGUCAGAAAAGCGGUGCCCGGUCCGAUUUCAAUAUACAAACAUGUCUGCUGAUGAGGGUACCAGUGUUCCUGCGGAGACAUCCGCCCCAGCUCUUGGUGAGCCCAUGGACAUCAUGACCGCUCUCCAGCUCGUGCUGAAGAAAUCACUGGCCCAUGAUGGUCUUGCUCGUGGUCUUCAUGAAGGUGCCAAAGUAAUCGAUAAGCAUGCUGCUCAGCUCUGCGUGCUGGCCGAGGACUGCAACCAGCCAGAUUAUGUGAAACUGGUCAGGGCUCUCUGUGCCGACCACAACGUGAGCUUGAUAUCGGUCCCGAGUGCUAAAACCCUCGGCGAGUGGGCUGGGCUCUGCAAGAUUGACUCAGAGGGGAAGGCAAGGAAGGUUGUUGGUUGUUCCUGUGUUGUGGUGAAGGAUUAUGGAGAAGAAUCAGAGGGUCUUCAUAUUGUUCAGGAGUACGUGAAGUCCCACUGAGUUAGCAUCAGUGUAGCUAAAUUUGGUAAGCUUUCCGGAUUCAUGCAUGUGUUUUGUGACCGAUUUGAAUGUGUGGAUGAUAGGAAAAGUAUGGCAGUUACUAGUUACUUGAAAUUUUGCUAGUAGGUGUAUGGGUUUGCAUUUUCUUGUCCUUUUCUGAGACAGCCUCUAUUUUAUCUGGUCGUCAGUGAAAAGAUGUUUGGGUUUGUUGGGAAACCAACCGGAUAUGCUUCUUGAUUGUCACAUUUUAAUACUUAUUCAAUUGAGGUCUGUUUUGGUAAA